AUGUUCAAUAAAGUCGGUAGUCAUAGCAAGGCCAAAGGAAAAGAAAUCUUGGUAGAUCAAUUGGAUCCACCUUCCACACAUUUGUAUACGGCUACGAAUAAUUUUCUUCCUCUCAAUAUGGUAGUGACGACCAAGAAUCAAAUCCUAGUGAUAGGGGAGAUGAGUCGGGUUAAUAAUGGUGCGAGUCUAGUGUUCCCUUAUAAAGCUCCUCAAGGCUAUAAGGCAAUGUUUUCUCUACUUGGAGGAGCUUGGCAAGGAGAUGAAUGCAUUGGAAGUCCCUCACCAAAGGAACUAAAAAUAUCAUCUCCAAACAUUCCAUCAAAAGACCUUGAACCACCUUUCAUGCUACCACCACCUCCCAUUCCUCCAAAUGGGCUAGAGAAGCUAAAGAAUUCGACAAAAAUAUCAUCGGUAUUUCUCCGAUUGAAUCCGAACAUUGUCGGCCCAUCUUCGAUUGAAAAGAAGGUUUCUUCUCCUCGACCACUAGUAUCUAGUGGUGGUACCGGCGUUUAA